UCCAUUUCAUGGCUGAGACACUCAGUAAAUAUUUUGAAGUGAGAUGGAAAUCGAUUGAGAAGAAGGUUCCUGUUACCAUUGAUGCACCGGUACUUUCAACAUCAAGUGUUUGUAUAGAAACUGUAACUCCUAAACCAAUGCCUCCCUCUAAAAAGAAGAAAAUCACACCAGUAGACAAUAAGGUCAAACAAGAAUCUGUGAAGCGUGUCAUUACCAAUGAAGAGAAGCAUAAACUUAGCACAGAAUUGGAGGCUCUAUUAGCAGAAUUGCCUGAAAGCAUUAUUGACUUCCUAAAAAGGCAAAGUUAUAAUGCAAGUCAAAUUGAUGAAGAUGAGAUUGAGAUUGAUAUUGAUGCUCUAAGUGAUGAUACUUUGUUAACAUUGCGGAAGCUUGUAGAUGACUAUUUGCUGGAUAAACAGAAAAAGCAGGGAAGAGCUGAACCUUGUGAAAUGGAGCUUCUUAAUCACUCAGGUUUCAGCAAUUCAUCAGGGCAACCAUGCAAAGGCAAUGAUCCUGUUGACGAGGAUGUUGACAUUGGUGGGAAUGAUCCUCCUAUCACAAGCUACCCUCCAGUAGAGAUUGAAAAAGAUACAGCCCUUAGAAACAGUAAAUGCGGUAGUUCAAGUAGUGAAUCGGGUUCUUCUUCCAGUGGAGAAAAGUGAAAAUUGUCAGGAGUCUUUUGGUGGAACAUAGGGUUUGAUGCCAAACAAACUUGAGAGUUGAAUUCUACCACCUUGUCAAACUUGGAAUAUUUCUUCCUUUACGUUUUCAUUUAUUUAAUUUUUAUUUUGUACUGUGUCGAA